UGGAGGACGUGCCAGCUAAAGUGGUUGCAAGUGAUGGGGUUAACCUGGGAGAGCUUCGCGGAGGAGGUGAGGCUUGAACGGAUUAGGCAAGCUGGGCGGCGGGCUGGCUGUUCCGGCGGGGAGAGUGCAGCUUGUGCCAAGGUUUGCGGGCGGCGUGUGCUAAGAGAUCGUACUGCGCCGGGAGCGCUGCGGCACGGAAGAACGAAAGGGUCUGCGCGCGCCCCCGGCGCCGCCUCCACCCACGCCCUGCACGGCGCCCGCGCCAGCCUCUUCUCCACACUCUUCCCGCAAGGCCCAGCCCAUAGUCCACGCGGGGCAAGGGAGCGAGGCCCGUGGCGCAGGGACAGCAGCCCCGGGUGCCCGGGAGGGGGCGCAGACGCCGGCACGUGCCCGCCCCGCCACCGCCACCCGGCGGGGAGCGAGAAGGCAGGACGAGAAAGGGGCGUCGGAGCAGACGGAUAACGGCUGCCCUUCGCCUCACCUCCCUGGCCUUGGAACGUGCUGCCGCCAGAAGUCGAGUGCGCAGCAAGAAUACCAACAGUUUCUUUUGCUUGGAAAUUUAUGCAUGAAAAGCCUGGCAGUGAAACAGACAGCUUGCACCUGUUUCUCAAAGAACCAUCAAGUGGCCCUAUGAAAAUCUUUGCAAAGGGUCCUCUUGAAUUCCAGGUCUGAGGAAGGCAUUCUGCACCUGGACAGGAGCUAGGAAAACUGUGCAGGAGUUAGAAGGACAGCUGAGGGCUGGUGCCCUGUAUGGAACUCUAGUCUUCAUUCAACAUUUACUGAACACUUAUUCCUGCCAUGCGCCCUGCUAUCCUAGCUACGGAUUCCUGGUGAACAAGAUAGACGUGUUCUCUCCCAUCCUGGCUUUAACUUGAUUGCAAGAGAUUUCUAUUCUGCAGAUUUUGGUUACUGAUUUACCCACAUGCUCUUACGCCUUCCUCAGAUACCAAUUUUCCCUAAGAUCAUGGCUCACGUGGACGAAACAGCCCGCCGGUUGUCCAAAACCGGAUCAACCCUCUAUGCAGUGCUGGAGCUUAAGAAGGGUGCUUCACCUGAAGACGUCAAAAAGGCCUACAGCCAUUCCCAUCCUCUCCCACCCUCCUUUGGGUAUUGCUUGGGUAGGAGACUGGCCUUGAAGUAUCAUCCAGACAAGAAUCCAGGGGACCCUCAAGCAGCAGAAAUAUUCAAGGAGAUCAACACAGCCCACUCCGUACUGAGUGACCCUAAGAAGCGGCAAAUUUACGACCGGCAUGGCUCAUUGGGAAUAUAUAUAUACGACCACUUUGGCGAAGAAGGCGUCACAUACUAUUUUACGCUGAAUAGUUGUUGGUUCAAGACGCUUGUCCUCCUGUGUGCUCUGCUUACCUGUUGCUGUUGCUGCUGCUGCUGGUGCUUUUGCUGUGGAACACUUAAGCCACCACCCGAGGAAGCAGCUAAGAAAAAAUAUGAGCCGAAUGUCCAGAAUCAGCCUCCAAGCUCAGGACACAGAGAACAUUUUAGAAGAGGGGAAGAUAAUUCAAGUGAUGAUAAUUAUUAAAAGAUGAAGAAGAGUGAGGUGCCGACCCAGUGAGGGUGCCUUCGGCUGCCCAGUCUGCUGGACUCGGUGAAGAGAAGAGCAAGUUGCCCUGUCCUGACACUGACCCUGAUUUUCCCCUCUACUUGUAAGACUCCCAUCUUCAGAAGCAUCGAUGGCAUCCAUCCCAGUGAGGAUGCCAUCUUUGUCCUUGAUGGUAUAACUGACCCUGGCCAUACAGCGUCACCCAGCUAUUCUUUUUAGCUGCAGUCCCAAUUUUAAUCUGUUAGAGAGCAGCCCUCAUAUCCCUACCCUUGUGAGGUCUUAGGCAGUGAUGACAGUCUCUUCCUGAGCAUUCUUUUUCCUGUGCUUUCCUUGGGAUUUGAGCCAAUGUCAGCUGGUAGGGUCAGCCACUUGCGAUAUCUCCAUCAGGAUCCUGAUAACCAAGCUGGAUGGAUCCUGUCCUGGAGCUGCUACACCAGCUAACCUUCUUUGUUGCAGUUCUGGGUACCAAGAACUCUUAGUGUCAGUCACAUUCCUAAGCGAGUACACCUUUCUGGGGGCUGGUCUCAUCUUCUUCGGUGCCCAUGCCUUUGGCAUUGCCAGCCUCAUUCCAUACCACCAUGAGACAACUCAGGAAAAGUAUCAAUGCAUUUGAGGCUUAGGGGUAGUUAUCCCACCUUUGGAUUCUCCCUGGACUGUGGCUGCCAGCAUAGCACCUCUUAGCAGGGCGCCUGUGGGUUGACUGAAGUUCACACCUCAGUGCCUGCCUGCCUCCGUCUUUUUGACCACAUCUUAUGCAAGCUGAUCACUGUAUGUUUUGUUCUUAAAACUGGGGCAUGGAACGUGUGAUAGGGUGAAGACUGCACUUUUACAGACCCUUUCUCCAUGUGUGCCUCGUCGCACUGUCUGUUUGGUAUCCUCAUCACACCAUUUCCCAUCUACGCGGGGUCAGAGUCUAGUAACUCCUCAAACUUCUCUCUCCUGACAGGGAGAGGGGCUAAGGGAUGUCAGUGAAUAAAAGAGCUUUUGUCCAAUCCCAGUGCAUAUGUUGGGCCCCAAAACGAAAAAUUGUGCCUGGGAUAGAGAAGAAGUAGGAGAAAAAGAUAGAGGACCGGUGUGCACAUCUGAGACCAGCCUGCCUUGGAGAGCAGGAGUCCAGGACAGCUGUGGGGCCGGGGCCGAGGCUUCCCAGAGCCUUGUGAUGAUGACUUUGUCAGUGCUCUAAAAUUUCCCUGGAGACUGAUUCCCCUGGUGCCCGAAAUAGGGCCCUGGCAUUCAGGUCCUUUCUGCCCAGCUCAGCUACUCUCAAUUUCCUAACAAAUUUAAAGUCCUUGGAGUGGCUCCAGUGAUGUGUUCAUGGACCAGAAUCCCACACUUUCUCAGGGGCGUGCUCAUGAGGUAGUUCCAGGCCCUGGCACACCUGCCAGCUCCAGCCUCCUGGGCUUCUUUUCCUCGGGGGAUAUAAGAAAGGUCUGGGCAAAACCAAAAAUGGGUCCAGAAGUGUUGAACCAGAGCCUCUCUCUCAUCUCUGGUGCCCUUGUUCUGAAUCACAGGGUUCAGAGGAAGAGGGCCAAGGUCACUGGCUAAGCCUCGGAGGCAGAAACUUUCACUGACUGUAGGUCUGGCAGGAUCUUUCCUCCCACCCUGAGCCAUGGAUGGUGCCUCUCAUACAGGCCGAUUCAGAUUCUGUGUCACUGCCCUGGAAGAGGGGCCCAGGCCAGAGCAUGGGGGUCAGGGGCUCACAGGAGCCCCCCGAGUAAGAGCCCCUUUGCUGUCCUACCUUCCACCAUAAGCAGUGAAGCUCACCCCGCCUCUUGCUCAAGGGAGUCACCGUUCCUGAGUGAGUCAGGGUCACUCGGU